AUGUCCUCUCGCAAAAACCAGAAGCCUCUCCCCAAAUUCGAGAUUGGUGAUGACUACCAGCUCUUGCAUGCCAUCGGCGAAGGCGCUUAUGGCACUGUCGCCGCCGCCCUUCACAAACCCAGUGGCCGUCAGGUCGCUAUCAAGAAAAUCCUCCCUUUCGACCACACUCUUUUCUGCUUGCGCACUUUGCGAGAGCUCAAGCUCCUCAAGUUCUUUUCCGAAACCUGUGUCAACGAAAAUAUUAUCUCUAUCCUAGAUAUCAUCAAGCCUCCUACCAUAGAUGAUUUCACAGAAAUAUACUUCAUUCAGGAGUUGAUGCAGACAGAUCUGCACCGUGUCAUUCGGACACAGCAUCUCACCGACGACCAUUGCCAAUAUUUUAUAUAUCAGACUCUGCGCGCCUUGAAAUCAAUCCACAGCGCUGACAUCGUCCAUCGUGAUCUUAAACCAGCUAACCUGCUCUUGAAUGCCAACUGUGAUCUCAAAGUUUGUGACUUUGGGUUAGCCCGAAGCGUCAAAACCAGUGUUCCUGGAGGCAAGGAGGUUGGUUUAAUGACAGAGUACGUUGCUACACGAUGGUACCGCGCUCCAGAAAUUAUGCUUUCCUUCAAAAUGUACACCAAGGCCAUUGAUAUUUGGGCUGUUGGAUGUAUUCUUGCAGAAUUGCUUACAGGUCGUCCCCUCUUCCCCGGUCGCGACUACAGUCAUCAACUUGAUCUAAUCCUUGAUGUUAUUGGCACUCCGAGCCUCGACGAGUUCUAUGCCAUUACCUCGAGGCGUUCCCGAGAUUACAUUCGCGCCCUGCCCAUCCGCAAGAAGAGGCCUUUCCCUACUCUAUUCCCCCAGGCAUCUGAAGAGGCCAUAGAUUUCCUUUCAAAGACUCUGACAUUUGACCCCAAGAAACGGAUGACUGUUCAUGAGGCUCUUGAACAUCCAUAUUUAAGUUCAUACCAUGACCCUGAGGAUGAACCCGUCGUUACACCUCUCAGUCCAUCUUAUUUUGAAUUUGAUCUUCACAAAGACGAAAUGAGCAAAGAUCAGCUGAAAGAACUGCUCUAUGCCGAAGUUUUAUCAUUCGUUCCUUCCAUCUAG